CCCUGCCUUUGCUGCCCCACUUGUAGGACUCUGGGGUAGAACAGGCAGGGGCAGCCUGCCGGGCGUACAGAGGUCACCCAGAGGGAAAGCCUGCUGACCGUGGAUGCAGUUUUCUAGUAGUUACCCGGAGCCUCCGAGUUAAAAGAAAAAUGUAUGGAUCCUUAAAUUAGCAGGACCCAGGAUAUCUAUUAAUAACUGUCCAAAAAGAAACCUUCCUGUGCAGAGGGGCUGCCCCGAGCAUCCAGAGCCACGAUGGAAGAGGAAGCAGGUGAGGCCCCGGGGCUGGGCAGGCCCGCUGCUCCUAAGGAUUUCCACUUUUAUCACGUGGAUCUGUACGACUCUGAAGACAGACUGCAGAUCUUCCCGGAAGGAAACGCUCGGAUGCGAAGAGAGGUAGUCCAGGCUGAAAUGACCAACGAACCAAGAGCAGCCGUGAAAGGGAAGGCUCCGAGAGACCUUGAAGAAGAAGUGGAUGAACUUGUCCAUCUUUACGGACUUGAAGAUGAUCAUGAAUUAGGCGAUGCAUUCGUUGACGAAAGCAUGCCCAGAAUAGAGGUUUCAGAGUAUCCUCCUUAUGGGAUGACGGGGAGAGAAGCAGCCAGGGAGCAGAGAGACUGGAGACUUAGCGGGGAGGAGGCUAAUGCAGAGGACCUGGGCUUGGGGGGCUGGGGCUCGGCGGACCAGUGCCAGGACUUGCGGGAAGCCUAUAGGUAUACCCAUGGCCGUGCCAGUGAGGAGUAUGAAUGCUACGUCAUCCCAGAGGAGGAAGACGAGGAUGAAGCUGCGGAUGUCUUCUGUGUCACCUGCAAAACACCAGUCAGAGCUUUGGAGGUUUCUGAUGAACACAAGGAACAUGAGGUAACCCCACUCCAUAAAGCACUGGAAAGCGCCAAGGACGAAAUUCACAAAAACAUGUACAAACUGGAAAAGCAGAUUAUUGAGAUGGAAAAUUUUGCAAGUCACUUGGAGGAGGUUUUCAUCACUGUGGAGGAGAAUUUUGGAAGACAAGAACAAAACUUUGAGUCACAUUACAAUGAGAUCUUGGAAACACUUGCUCAAAAAUACGAAGAAAAAAUACAAGCUCUAGGGGAGAAAAAGAAAGAGAAGCUAGAAGCCUUGUAUGGACAGCUGGUCAGCUGUGGAGAAAAUCUUGAUACCUGCAAAGAACUAAUGGAAACAAUAGAGGAGAUGUGUCACGAAGAGAAGGUUGAUUUCAUAAAGGAUGCUGUGGCCAUGGCUGACAGACUCGGAAAAUUCCUGAAAACAAAAACAGAUGUUGAGAUCUCGACGCAGCCUGACUUCGACGACCAGACUUUGGACUUUUCUGAUGUGGAGCAGCUGAUGGACUCUCUUAACACCAUCCCAGCUCCUUCUGCUCCAGUGAUAAACCCACAGGCCCCCAACUCCGCCACAGGUUCCUCGGUCCGAGUGUGCUGGAGCCUAUACUCCGAUGACACCGUGGAGAGCUAUCAACUGUCCUACCGGCCAGUGCGGGACAGCUCACCUGAGAAGGACCAAGCAGAGUUUACGAUGACCAUCAAAGAAACAUAUUGCUCAGUGACAAACCUUGUGCCAAAUACCCAGUAUGAAUUUUGGGUCACAGCUCGGAACAGGGCUGGCCUCAGCCCCGCCAGUGAGCGUGCAGUGUACAUGACAGCACCUUCUCCCCCAACCAUAAAAAGCAGAGAGAUAAGGAGCUGUGAAGAGGCUGCGCUGAUCUGCUGGGAGUCUGGGAACCUGAAUCCUGUGGACUCAUACACAGUGGAGCUGAGCCAGGCAGAAGCACCGGGAGCCUCGGGUGUAACUGAGUCUGUUGUGGGCAUCCCGACCUGCGAGUGCCUGGUGCAGCUGCAGCCCCGGCAGAGCUACAUCAUCUACGUGCGAGCCCUCAACGUGGGGGGCCCCAGUGCUAGGAGCCAGCCCGCUACGGUCCACACCACAGGCAGCUACUUUCACCUGAAUGAGCACACCUGCCAUCCCUGGCUGACCAUUUCUGAAGAUGGGCUCACAGUUGUACGAAGUGAAAGGAGAGCCCCUGCCAGUGAGCUGCUCUCCAGCGACACCCGCUUUACCAGGUACAUCAUCAGCCCCUCACUUGAACAGUGCGUGAACCAACACAACCCAGUGUUACUCAGGUGUGUUGCUGUUAUGGGAAAUCUAAUUCCAGUCCGAGGGCGCCAUUACUGGGAAGUGGAGGUGGACGAGUGUUUGGACUACACAGUGGGUGUGGCUUUUGAAGAUGUCCCUAAACAGGAGGACCUGGGAGCAAACCACCUCUCCUGGUGCAUGAGACACACGUUUGCAUCAUCAAGGCAUAAAUACGAAUUUCUACACAACAAGACGACUCCAGACAUAAGAAUAACGGUUUCCCCAAAGAAGAUUGGCAUCCUAUUAGACUAUGAAAAUUCAAAACUGUCAUUUUUCAACGUGGGCCUUUCUCAGCAUCUGUACACAUUCAGUUGUCAGCUUCACCAAUUCGUGCAUCCCUGUUUUUCUCUGGAAAAGCCUGGAUGUCUAAAGAUACACAAUGGCAUUUCAAUGCCAAAGCAUGUCACUUUCUAUUAGACCACAUUCUGAUGCCGAGCAUCCUCUCUUCGGUACCUACUCCUCUCCCAGCCACUCACGCCUCAGCUGGCUGAAUUGGGCAUCCAAGCCCCGUGCACUAGCAUCAUUUAUGGCUCAUGUCAUUAUCUGGCGGACUGGUGUGCUGACAUUCACCGCACCUGACCUGGGUCUUGUGCGCUGCCACUUGUGUGAUGCUAGAUUAGUCAGUUCCAGGCCCUAAUGUAAAAUGAAGGCUCAGACUUUCAGGUGGUCAAACUGUAUUGGUCUAUUUGUGUACAUGCAAAGUACCUGAGUCUCCAAGGCCUGUGGAGCUUGGGAGAGGAGGAAAGAGAGACGGAAGAGUUAGUGGUUUUAGUCCACUGGUGACAUUUCAUUAGUCAGCCAAGAACAGACCUGAGACCGCAAGAGGCCACCCACAAAGAGAACCAGGGAAGCCACGUGGCCUUGCCUUCUCCUGUUUUGCUAGUGUUAGUGGCACUCCAGUGAGGUUUCUCCCACUGAACACUGAACACUCUUUCUAACAACUGUUCUUCCCCUUCAUAGUACUCACCCCUCUAAUUUUGAAAUGAUCUUUGUAAUGCCUAAUUCCAUGAAGGCAGGACAGUGUCUGUCUUGUUCGUCACUCAACCACCAAUGGCUAACACGUGCACACCAAAUAUUUGUUGAAUAAAAGAGCAUCUUCUUCAAAAA